AUCAACCUUUGCGAGCGUGACGUCAUCGUGCGUCAACUCCCCAGUCCCCCACCAUCAUCGUUCUACAGAGGAAGAAAGGGGGAGACGGGCAGCCUGUAUAGAACGCUUUCACAAAAAUAUGAGCGGCAGCGGGCGGCCCAGGACCAGCUCAUUCGCUGAGCCUCCCGGAGCUCCUGGAUCCGCUGCAGCCGGCGCCGGAUCAGCAGUCGCCGGCGGAAGCUCGACGGGAAAGACUGGGGCUUCGCAAGCCAGUGGCAGCACCUCGACGAGCUUCGGGAAUUUAAAACUGCCCCGCGACAGUGGCAAAGUGACCACAGUGGUGGCAACGCCUGGGCAAGGCCCCGACCGCCCACAGGAAGUCUCCUACACGGACAUUAAAGUAAUAGGAAAUGGCUCCUUUGGAGUGGUCUACCAAGCUCGCCUCAUCGACAGCCAGGAGAUGGUGGCCAUCAAGAAAGUUCUCCAAGACAAAAGGUUUAAAAAUAGAGAGCUGCAAAUAAUGCGCAAGUUGGACCACUGCAACAUUGUGAGGCUACGUUACUUCUUCUACUCCAGUGGUGAGAAGAAAGAUGAAGUCUAUCUGAAUCUGGUGCUGGACUUUGUCCCUGAAACAGUGUACAGGGUGGCUCGGCACUUCAACAAGGCCAAGACCACCAUCCCCAUCAUUUAUGUAAAGGUGUACAUGUACCAACUGUUCAGAAGCCUGGCAUAUAUCCAUUCCCAGGGCGUAUGUCAUAGAGACAUCAAGCCCCAAAACCUCUUGGUGGACCCAGAGACGGCCAUCCUCAAACUCUGUGACUUUGGCAGUGCGAAGCAGCUGGUUCGGGGGGAGCCGAACGUGUCCUAUAUCUGCUCACGAUACUACCGCGCUCCGGAGCUCAUCUUCGGCGCCACGGACUACACGUCCAACAUUGACAUCUGGUCGGCUGGCUGCGUGCUAGCAGAGCUGCUGCUGGGUCAGCCUAUCUUCCCCGGGGACAGCGGAGUGGACCAGCUCGUAGAGAUCAUCAAGGUUCUUGGAACACCGACAAGGGAGCAGAUCCGAGAGAUGAACCCCAACUACACAGAGUUCAAGUUUCCCCAGAUUAAAGCUCACCCUUGGACAAAGGUGUUUAAGCCCCGCACGCCGCCGGAGGCCAUCGCUCUCUGCUCUCGAUUGCUGGAAUACACGCCAGUCACCCGUCUGUCUCCGCUGGAGGCCUGCGCACAUGCCUUCUUCGACGAGCUGCGCCAGCCCAACACCCGCCUGCCGAGCGGGCGGGAACUACCGCUCCUCUUCAACUUCAGUCCCGUCGAGCUGUCUAUCCAGCCUCAGUUGAACUCAACACUCAUUCCUCCUCACGCUCGUGCACAGACGACGCCUGCCUCACACGAUGGCAGCGUGUCAGACAGUACCGCCCAGCCCAGCUCAGCACCUGGAACCAUCAGCAACAGUACUUGAGCAGCCAUCACCACAAGCGUACACCCCCCUCUUCUACACCACCACACCAACCUGCCAUCCUUUUCUUUUUGUCUUCCCUUCCUCUAUUCCUCUUCCUCUCACUACUUCUUCCUCCUGGCUCCAAAUUAGAAAGACUUUAGAGACACACACCCACACACACACACACACACACACACCCCUCCAUACUCAUGCAUUGCUACCCGCCCUCUCAAUGAUGACGUCUGCAAGCCUUUAGAGGAGCGUGUGCUUAGGCUUUAUGUAUAAACUGACUUUAUAAGUCCUCUUAGGAUAGUUAAAAAAAAAAAAAGACCCUGUCGGUUACAUGGAAUGUUCUAGGAGAUUUUACUUUUUAUCCAACUAUUUUUUUAUGUUUCGUUUCAUUUAGCUAAAUUGAAUAGUCCACAUUGGUGUUGACAAUCAUCCAAAAUCGUCCCAAAAAGUGAUAUAGUGGAUGUUUCCCUCGUCGUCCACUAGGGGAUGUCUUGUCACUUUGUACCCAAACGCUCCAUGCAAAGUCAUCACCCAGUUUUUUGUUUUUUUUUAGCAAUCAGUUUGUUAGCAGACUUCACAUGAACUGAUUGUUUCUGCUGUCCUUUUUAGAUCCGAUUUUAAAGCUUUUAUUACAAAGAAGGAGCACACCGCAGCCCUUUGCCUUUACUCUUCUGUUUCUUCUUAUCGUCUGCUCCUGAAACUCGCCUUUUUAGGGCUUCUUCGGUAUAAGCUCAUGUAUUCAUCGUGUAAGCUCAAGUGUUUCACGGUCAUCGGUUGCACAUCCUGGAGGAGGAGGAAGUUGGCCUUGAAGGGUGUUUUUUUUUUUUUUUUUGGUGGGGUCCAGUUGAAUUCUAGAAGUGACAUCCGGUGCACCUUUUGUACACUAUGAGCGACGUAAUUGGUUGUUUGGUGUGUGUGAGAGAGUGUGAGAGCGCCCUCUUUCCCCAAACAGCCUCACUUCCUGUCGUGCAAUGGUUGUCGGACCUUGCUCUCCCUCCAUCCCUUCUCCCCUCAUCUUUAUUUUCACUGCUAAUCUGUAAAUAUCAAGUACCUUUUUAUUUUUGUCGCUAUUAUUGUAAUUAUAUUGUCUUUUCCCCCCCCCCAUCCCCAGUAGAUGGCGCAUCAGCCGCCAGACUGUUUUAUCCUCUGUCGCAGCAGUCUGUAAAUACGAUUUAUUUUGGGGGGGGUUUUGUCCUUUUUUUUGUUUGGGAGGGUCUGAAACAGAACAAACAAAAAAAAAAAGUUAAAAAAAAAAAAUCUCACUUGAAUUCUCUCUUCCUCCAUUUCUCUCUCGGUGACUUUCCCUUCCCCCCCUCCACCAUAGUUGUUGUCUUAACUGUUUUAUUUAUUGUAUUGUUUUUAAGGGGGGGGUGAAGGGACUGUCUUUUUUUUCCACGGGUGCGAUAUAGUAUUUUUUCUUUUUAUUGUAUAUUAUUUACAAAAAAAUGUAUGUAAUGGAGCAGUUGUCACAUCCGAGAUACUGUACCUUGACUUAUGUGUACGUUAAGCACGGGUGCACACGCGAGCCGACGCUUUUAUGAGUCGUUUCAUCCAACUUCAAUGUGAACAGAAUGUUACAAGCACCCGGUUCUUUAGUGCGUGUGUGUGUGUGGAGGGAAAAGGUGGAAAAAUGAACCUUCCGUGGACCUCCCGUGUCCGUCCAUCCAUACGUCUGCUGUUUCCACUCGUGAGAGUGUAACUGUGUGUGUUGUUGUCGAGCACAGCUGCAGGGAACGUGUGUAUGUGUGUAUGUAUGGUAGCAAACCCAUGGGUAUUCUUCUCGUCCUCCCGUCAUUCUCCUAUACUUGGAAGUUCUGACAAAAUGUGCUUUUAAUGUUUUUUUUCCUUCAAUCCAAUGGCAUCUUGUUGGCGAACAGAACGGUCGGAUAAAGGAAAUGAGAGAUAGCGAGGGAUGGGGGGAGAGAGACAGUUUUUUUGUUUGUUGAUAUAAAUAAUGAAACUCAUUAAUAAAGUGAUGAAACGCU